AAGGCGUGGGCCUGGAGAGAAGCAGGCAGAGAGAGAAGCAGACAGAGGAGUGAGGACGCUGAGAGGAGCUGACGGAGCAUUAAUGAGAUACUGGCUGCUUAGAGUUACAGGGAUGCAGUUUUAGCCAUAUUGCACCACUGUUUUCAGGCGUGAUUUGCGGACUCGAAAGCGCACAAAAACUGGGACAAUUUCGCAAUUGAAAACACACUUGAGUGGAUUAAUUUAUUUUCAGAUAUGGGCUUGGAACGAUUUCGCGUAAAGACGCCGGGAAUAGGAGCCCUUCUCGCACGCUCACUCCUUUGUAUCAGCGGGCUAUUACUAACUUUUUCUCAGCCUGUCUGCGAGGCGUUCAACUUGGACGUGGAGAACACAGCUGUUUACAGCGGACCUAAUGGGAGCUACUUCGGAUAUGCUGUUGACUUUUAUUUGGCUGAUUCUGCCAGUGCGAGUGUGGUGAUAGGAGCUCCAAAGGCCAACACAAUGCAGGUUAACGUCACAGAGGGAGGAUCCGUCUUCUACUGUCCAUGGAGCCUCAGCCAAUCAGAUUGUCACACCAUCGAGUUUGAUACUGAAGGGGAUCGCACUGUCUUGCUCAACGACACAAAACAUCAGGUUGAUUUCAAGUCCCACCAAUGGUUUGGCGCCACUGUGCGUUCUCACGGUGACACAAUUCUGGCUUGUGCCCCUCUCUACUCCUGGCGGACUGAAAAGGAGGACCCCCAUUCUGACGCUACAGGAACCUGCUACCUCUCAGUCCAAAAUUUCACUAAAUUUGUGGAGUACGCUCCCUGCCGCACAGAGAUCAAUGAUGCAGUGGGACAAGGCUACUGUCAGGGGGGAUUCAGUGCUGACUUCACAACGGAUGGCAAAGUGGUAUUGGGAGGGCCAGGCAGCUACUUCUGGCAAGGUCAGGUGAUCUCUGCAGCUAAGGAGGACAUUAUCAAAGCAUACUACCCAGGCUAUUUCCUGCAGUCUGUGGAGGGCCAGAGCCAGACCAGACAGGUCAAAUCUGAACAUGAUGACAGCUACCAAGGCUACUCCAUCGCUGUUGGGGAAUUCAGUGGUGAUCAGACGGAAGAUUUUGUGGCUGGUGUUCCAAAAGGACUCAUGCUUUAUGGUUCGGUGUCUAUUCUGAACGGUACGGAUCUGAAGACCAUGAUUAACUACACUGGCGAGCAGAUGGGAUCAUACUUUGGAUAUGCAGUGGCGACGACUGACAUUAACAGUGAUGGGAUGGCUGACCUGCUGGUGGGAGCUCCUAUGUUCAUGGUCCGGGGCUCUGAUGGCCGCCUGGAAGAGAUGGGCCGGGUCUAUGUUUACCUACAGCGUGGCCCCCUGGACCUGCAGCUCCGCCUACCUCACCUGACAGGCACCCAGGUGUUUGGGAGAUUUGGUAGCACCAUUGCACCAUUGGGGGAUCUGAACCAGGAUGGUUUCAAUGAUGUGGCUAUCAGCUGUCCGUUUGGAGGGGAGGAUCGGCAGGGACUGGUCUACAUCUAUAAUGGAUAUUCAGAAGGACUCAGGGAAAAGCCAUCUCAGGUGAUCAGUGGCCAGUGGGCUGCUGGGGCUAUUCCUGCCAGCUUUGGGUUUGCUCUCAGAGGUGCUAAGGACCUGGACAUGAAUGGAUACCCAGAUCUCAUUGUUGGUGCUUUUGGUGUUAAUAAGGCAGUUCUUUAUCGAUCCCGCCCAAUCGUCAACACCAGUGCCUCUCUGACGGUUUACCCCACCAUGAUCAACCCUGAAGAGAAGAACUGCAUGAUCACCAAUGGAAACACCAGCAUUCCUGUUUCUUGUGUCAACCUGAGUUUCUGCAUAUCUGCUGAUGGGAAGCACCUACCAGACAUCCUAGAUUUCCAGGUGGAGGUGCAGCUCGAUAGUAAUAAGCACAAGCAGAAAGGGGCAGUGAGGAGGGCUCUGUUCUUGGAUUCCCAGCAGCCCUUGCUUCAGAUGAGCGUGAGGGUGCGCCAUGGCAAGCGUGUAUGCAACAACACCAAGAUCUACCUAAGAGAUGAGAAAGACUUCAGAGAUAAACUCUCCUCCAUUUAUGUGGCCUUGAACUUCAGCUUGGAUCCAAAAGCUGCUGCUGACUCCCACGGCCUGCGGCCCAUCCUCAACUAUCAGACCACCAACGCAAUUGAACAGAAGGCUCAGAUUCUGUUGGACUGCGGAGAGGACAACAUCUGUGUUCCUGACUUGAAGCUGGCAGUUCACGGGAACAGGAAGGAAGUCUACCUAGGCGAUGACAACUCGCUGACCUUAACUUUCAACGCCAGGAACGAGGGCGAGGGAGGGGCGUACGAGGCCGAGCUGUAUGUGGUGCUGCCCCCGGAAGCUGACUACAGCGGAAUUGCCCGCAAUAAUGAGAGCCUGACCCAGCUCACCUGCAGCUAUGAGACCGAGAACCAGACCCGAUACCUCAGCUGUGAUUUGGGCAACCCGAUGAAGUCUGGCACCAGUCUGUGGGCAGGUCUGCGCUUCACAGUGCCACGGCUGAAGGACACGUACAAAACUGUUCAGUUUGAGCUGCAGAUUCGCAGUAAAAAUGAGAAUAAUUCCCACAGUGAGGUUGUGCCCUACAAGCUGGAGGUGGUUGUUCAGGCUGAUGUCAUUCUACAGGGUGUGUCCCGACCAGAUAAGGUUUUCUUCCCGCCGGCCAACUGGAAGGUGACCAAAAACUACGGGGUGGAGCAGGACGUCGGGCCUGUAGUGGAACACAUCUAUGAGCUGGUGAACAAUGGUCCCAGCCGGAUCAGCCACACCCUGCUGGAGCUGCGCUGCCCCCUCAGAGUCCAGGGUCAAACCCUUCUUUACCCUCUGGAGUUCUCAAUAGAAGGCCCCAUCAACUGCACCUCCGACAAAAACAUGAACCACCUACACCUCGAACUCCAGCAUACAUCCACAGAGCCACCUAUCCUGGCACUGAAGGGACAUGAGCACCGUGUCGAGAGGAGGGACGUCCACAGGAAUCAGCUCGCUCAUUUGACUAACCUGUCUUGCUCUAAUACAGAGUGCUGGGCGAUCCAGUGCACCGUGGGUCUGCUGGAGAAGGGGACAACCGCUAUCCUCAAAGUGCGCUCCCGCAUCUGGGCCGAGACCUUCACCGAGAGAGCUUACAAGCAAUAUGUGCUGGAGUGCCUGGCCAGAUACAGUGUGGAGAAGAUGCCUUAUGCCAUCUUACCCAAACAUGCUCCCAGUGGACACAAAAAGGUGGUGACCCCAGUGGUGUGGAAUAAACCAGAUAUAGAGAACUCUGUUCCUCUGUGGAUCAUCAUCUUGGCCAUUCUGGCUGGUUUACUGCUUCUAGCUCUACUCAUCUACGUUCUAUACAAGUUCGGCUUCUUCAAGCGCUCUUUACCUUACGGCACCGCCAUGGAGAAAGCUCAACUCAAACCACAGGCUGCCUCGGAGGCCUAAAGGACAACCCGAGCUACCAGAACCACAGUACCUGGCCAUAUGAUUGCAACGGAGAAACACGAUGGAACAUGUAGAGUGGAUCAGAAAGCAGUCCAAGAGUUAAGAGAAAGAGAGACCACUGGAACUCCACUGUGCUGCACUAGAUGAAGACAAAAAUCCAAAGAUCUCCAAAUGAAUGUUUUUUUUUUUUCCUUUUCUUUUUUUAACUUAUGUCUUGUUGGUUGGCAGGUUGGGAUCGUUACUAAAUAGAACUUUUUCUCAAUGCCUUAAGGCUAAUGUUAGACUGAACAACAACAAAAGUGACUGCAAUAGAAGUACAGGCAACCGUCCGCCUGCGUAUGCAGUGAGAUGCCUGUUGGGUUUCCUUUUGUGGAUUCUUGUGAUGGAGAGUUCUGUUAUACCCCCCUUUUAACUGCCUUAUUUUGGUGCUAAUGAUCUGAUGUGCUCACUGCCGCUGACAGGAUAUGGCCACAUGUAGCUUAUAGCAGCCAGGAGCUGUGAAUUAAGCUGCUGAACACGUUAUUGACAGAAGAUCGGAAAACAGGUUUCAGGUGAAAACAUUAACCUGAUUACAGCAAUGUCGGUAAUACUGGCCUAGAUGUUGAGACUUAAUCUGUUAAAUAGCUCUGCUUUCAUCACAACAUUUUAUCACACGCAUUUUUACGUAAUUUAAAAACCCUGACCUGCCCGAGGUGUUCCCCUGCUUCUUGCCUAAUGCAUGCUGGGAUAUGUCCAGCACCCCGCUGCCCUGAACAGGAUAAGCGGGCGUAGAAAAUGCAGGGACGGAACUUAACUGUUCACCAGAAUGAUCUCUCUCUGCCUCAGGUUGGUGCACAGCGCUGGGUUGAGUUGUUUUUGCACUCAACGGAAAUCUACUGAUAUAAUUCCACCUAAGGCUGACUGACUGACCUUCCUUUGAGUUCUGAUUUUGACUCCUACUGAUCACUUUGUCUAAAUCCUGUUUGUUCAUGUUCAGAGUUACCAAUGCUCGCAUCAUCAUUGUUGUGUAGUCGACUGGGAUAGGAUGGGACUGGAUCCACCACCGACCUGUGAGACCUCACAUUAGGCUUGAAACGGUGUGGUGUAGUGACGUUCUCCUAAAGAAUAUUUAGCGGUCUUUACUCCUGCUCGGUUUCGAAUCGAGGCCACGCGCGACUAAAUGGCGUUUAGGGGAAACCCACGGCGUGAUGGUGUCUUAAACCAAAGACGUGACAAUCGGCAACGUUGUAGCUUUGACAGAGAGUGUUAAGUCUGAGAGCAGGCGGGGAUCAUCACUCGUUGAGUGUGAAGGAUCCAUUUCCAGCUUACAGUGCGUGUUACUGUGAGAUACUGUAUUUUUGAUUGUCUUUGAGUAAAAGCUGUCCACGUUUGGAAAGAGAAGUGGCUGAAGUCAUCCCACUACCAAAAGGCUACAGGGACUGAACUUUCAAAUGCUUUGUGUUGGUUUCUUUUACUUGUCGUGUACAUAGAUAUUGUAUGUGCCUUUUUAAAUGUAAAUACUUCACGUCUGUGGGUUAGAGUUAGGGUUGUGUGCGCUUGAAUGUGUGUGACUUAAUGCAUACAUGCAUUUGUGUGAAUGAUAUAUUUAUGAAUGUUUGUUUUGUGUAUGAAUUGGUUAUUACCUUUCCCACUGCUUAGUCCUGCUUAUCCCUGAUCACCUCUGUAGCUUGAGAUCGUUGAGGUUAAGCCAUUCUGCAUUUACUGUCAGUCACGAUAGCAGAAAUACAGUCAGUGUUCAGGACGACUUUACUUUAAAACACUUACAACCUCAUUGUAAAUCAAAAAAAAACAAACUAAGGCUACGUCCAGAUCCUACAGGAUGUCUUGUACCUCUAACAAAGGGAUAACAGCUAGGCACUGGGAACUAAAUGUUUGGAAGUGCAAUAUUUAUAUUCACUCUUUUUAAUAUUACAGUGCUUUCUUUUUUUCCUUUUAUUUGUGACCGAGUUGUGAUAAACCAGGAUUUCUUCUUUUUUUUUGUAUCAAAGUAUGUGAUAAGCACAUACGCUAAAUCCUUUUUGGAGGUUCUGGCUUUUUCACUAUCACUUGCUUUCUCACUAAACAUGCUUCAAGUGUGAAACUUAUUUUUUUUCCACUUACGAGUUGCUCAUUCAUCACUGGCGCUGGACCACUUUUGUGAUCGUACAGAUCUUUACACCAAAGACUGGCCCAGGAACACAACCACUAGAACAUAUCGGAAUUGAACUUGGGGUAUGUUGACAUUUAGUUUGAUAAUUUUUGUGCUCUGCUGUUUCACCUGCGCAAACACCCACAUUAUACUAACCAAAUGGUGUACAUUGGUUUGCUUCAUCACACUCUUUUCAUAUGGUCUCUCGUUUUGGCUAGUGAGUUACAAUUUUUCAAAUGGUCCACAAAAUGGCCACAUGGUAGUUGAUUUAUAACAUUUAACAUUGUCUGUUCUUUACCGAACAUGUCGACCCAUUAUUUAUGACAGGGGAACUUUUUACUACUUCCUCCAUGGUUACAUCGGGAGAAGGCACUGGGUUUUCUUUUUCUGUUGUGUUUUUUUUUUUUUUUUUUGUCUUAGCCCAUUCUCACUCUCAAGGACUUCCAAAAAGAAGUUGUACAUAUUAAUGACAUGGAGAGUAUUUUUUGAAUUCAAAGGAUAACUGAUUUGUUGUGAAAUUUCCUCACCCCAUAUUGGGGAGAACAUUGGGGGAGGGGUCUUUAGAGGUCAAUUUGUACCUGUUAUGGUUUGUACUUUGAAUAAAAUAUUUCCCUUUUUACA